AUGGCCAAACUUGACAAAGAAAAGUCAUCCUACGGUGAAACCAUGUAUGAGAUCGGUUUUCAAGCUGGAAAGGACUCAAUUCCUGAGGUGGAGACUGUUCAGGUCGGUAAUGAAGAUGUCGCGGGCGAUGCUGGCGCCGAAGUGGAAGAAGAAAUCGGCCCAGAUCUGGAACUUGAGAUGAACACCUGUCUAACACUUCGGUGGGUUAUUGAGCGGUACAAUGUGGGUUAUUACGACAUUAAUGAACUUCGCUUCUUCCUAUUCCAUAAGCUUGAAAAAUAUGGCUUCGACAUGGAGAUAAAAGGGAUGCAUAUAGAGGCUUAUGAAGAUGAACGAGAGUUCUGUGAAUGGAUGCUCCGUCGGGCUGAAGAAGUGGUACCUAAUCCCGACUUGCCUCAGCUUACUGAAGAAAUGGCGGCUCUUCUCCGACGUGCUUACGUCAAUAUGAUUCUUGAGGGGGAGAAAGGGAAGAGAAAGGAGCUGGCCGACGUGUAUCUUUCGACUCUCACUGAUGUGGAGGUUGAACAACAUUUUGACGACAUGACUCCUGAGCAGAUUCGGAAUACCGUCAAGGCUUAUAUCAAAGAGAAAGCUAAGUCGGUGGACAAGGAAGUUAAGAUUUUCAAGGUCGUCACACCGGCUGAGGGCAAGCCUGAUGAA